UUUAAUUAGCAAGCUAAAAAAUAGACAGUUGCUGUACAGGUAUAAAAUGUGAUAUAUGGUCCUAUUUUCGCAGUCUCGUCAAUGAAGAGGCCAGGCGUACAACACUUUGCAUGCAAAAAAUUGUUUCUACACUAUAAAGGUGGAUCGAUGUGUGCAGCAAAAUUAAUUAAAGCAAAUGAAAAAGCAUUUUUAAAAUCACCAAUGGCUAGCAAAUCAAAAUAUGGCAGUGCAGCCUUAAGGACUCCAACAAACAGUUCACCCAGACUAAAGAGGCUUUUCACUAGUACACCAUCUGACAGUGAAUCUGGUAUGGAUCGUUAUGACUCAACUGCACCAUAUGCUAGCUCAUCGAAUGAAGACAUACUAUAUUCAACUGCUGACCCUAGUGAUUUCGAAGGAAGUUUGACUACAUCCCAAGAAGAUCUAACUACAGAUAAUAAGGAAAGUCGAGGAUUGCUGCAAGCUGUAGUUUUUAUUGAAGAUGCUAUUGAGCAUCGCUCAAUUCACCACAAAGUUGAUGUUAAAUCAUUAUAUAGGUACAGGUUGUAUCAUUCGAAACCAGUAAGAUGGUCGCUUCGAUUUACAAUAUCAAUCCUAUUAGGGCUGGCAUUUUUGGAGACACCAACAUCUUUAAAACAAUCCUCUGACCCUCGCAAAGGACAAGCUCGGAAAGAAUUGCCAUGUGGUUUGACAGAGUCCAUUGAACUCUUGUGUUUGGUUAUUUUAACAGCAGAUUUGCUAUUUAAGUUUUUAAUGGUCGGACGUAAGCAUGCGAAAAAGAAUCCCUGGUUGAUUUUUUCUGCUGUUGUUUUAAUCAUAACAUACAUAGAUUGGUUUGUAUCAGUUGGACUUGUUUGUGAAGACAGAUGGAGAAUAAGACGUUUGCUCCGACCAUUCUUUUUAAUUCAACACUCCUCCCUGAUGAAGAAAACUGUUCAAAGUAUUCAACAGUCAAUACCACAAAUUCUUAGUGUGUUGUUCCUGAUGUGUUUGCACCUUUAUUUCUUCACCAUGUUGGGUAUGGUACUGUUUACACCAGAGGAUAUGUUAUAUAACCAGACAUCCAUUUUAGAUACAACCAGCGGUAAACGUCAUUCCAUUGAUCAACUAAAUGAUUCAAAAGAAGGAAAAGCAUAUUUUAAUGAUUUAGGAGCAGCCGUAAUGUCGCUUAUAGUUUUGCUGACAACAGCAAAUAAUCCAGAUGUGAUGAUGCCUGCUUACUCCGACAGCAGAUUCUAUGCGAUAUAUUUCAUCCUCUUUUUGGCAGUUGGGAUGUAUUUUUUUAUGAAUGUUUUGUUGGCUGUUAUAUACAAUCAAUUUAAAGGUUCUUUCACGAAAUCCAUGCAAAGUAGUUUUCUGCGGAGACGAAUUGGUGUUCGGGCUGCAUUUGAAGUGUUACGUGGAAGCAGUUUUUACGCUACACCACUAGCUUCUCCUGGAUCGUGUAUCGAUGUUUCAGCAGCGAAAGCUCUGUUAGAUUGUGUGCGUUUCUCCAAAAAAUCAAGAUAUAUGCCUGCAAUGACAGAAUAUUUGGAAGCUCUGCCAACGGCAUCGUUGAACUCAAAGCAGUUCCAAGAUUUAUUUGACAUCGUGUCCGCGGAUUCUGUGAAAAAACGAUAUCCUUGUCGUCAAUUCCAAAGGCCAGUUCUAAAGCAAAUCCAAGCAAUCCUUCUGCAUGAUUAUUUUCAAUAUUUUGGGGAUUUCAUGGCUUUGGUGAAUGUGUUUGUUGUCACUAUUGAGCUAGCAACGUCGGUCAACAAUGCUUUUUCUGGUCACUCCAUGUUGUCUAUUUUCAAUUUUUGCUUCAUCUUCUACUUUGCCAUAGAACAGAUACUAAUGAUGUAUUUCAUCGGACCAAAAAGAUAUUUCUCGCACAAAAAUGUUUGGUUUGAAAGUGGUGUGACAUGGCUUUUAGUGAUUGUUGAAAUUCUUUGCAUCGCAAUGUAUGGUGGACCGUUUCCUUAUCUAACCAAGCAAGAAAUAAUCGCACGUAGUCAGAAAUACAGUUUUAUGUCAUUGUACAAUCUACUGCGUAUAACGAACAUGUUAAUUAUCAUUCGACUACUUCGUAUUAUACCAAGUAUCAAGCCGCUCUCUAUGGUUGCAAGCACAUUGGUUGACCUUAUGAAAAAUAUGAGGGCUUUUGGUGGUAUUGUGAUAUUGAUAUAUUACGUGUUCGCCAUAUUGGGAAUGAUGUUGUUCGAAGGAAAAAGCCCUCAACCACCACAAAAUUUAACUGCAUAUAUUAAUGAACAUAACACAAGCUGGUGUGGUUCGUAUGAACAACUUCAAUAUUAUGCAAACAAUUUUGAUGACUUCGCAGCUUCACUGGUUAUUUUGUGGGAUGUUAUGGUGGUAAAUAACUGGUUUGUUUUUCUACAUGCCUACAACAAAACCACUAAUAGCAGAUAUACGCAGCUGUAUUUUGUCAUGUGGUGGCUUGUCUCGGUUGUUGUUUGUAUUAACCUCUUCGUUGCAUUGGUUAUCGAGGCUUUUAUCACUCAGUGGGAUAAAACAAACUUAGUGAAAAAAAAACAGCAUAAAAAAAGAAAAUUCGCACAUACAGAAGAAACAAGCCGUCAUUUUCGUGUUCAUGAGUGGUUUCGCGCGGAAUAUCGUGAACCAUCUGAGGAGGAGAUUUUAAAAGACAUUUGGUCGCACCAUUAUUUGAGACGGUACACAUUAUUAAGGCCUGAACAGACGAUGCAGGAUUAGUGGCGACAAUAACCAUUAUUAAGACGUGAACAAACGUUGUAGGAUUUAGUGGCGAAAAUAAUCAUGAUGCUUCUUAAUCAAUAUUAUUCGAAGUAGUAAAUUUUUUUAAUAAAGAUUUAUCUUAUCUAUAAAAGUGGGGAUUAGAAUAAGAAAAUAUUUUUUAAAGUUUUUUAUAUCCAAAUAUUUGUACGUUUUGUAAAAAUUAGAAAAUAAAUCCUUUUUUAA